AAAUAAUAAUACCUUUCAAUUUAGUAUAUAAAGAAUGGAAUUAUCAGUAUAAAAAUAGUAAUAAAAACUGGAUCAUCAAAUUAACAUCAAAGUUAUUAAAUUGAAAAUUAGUUUGUGAAUAAAAUCAAUCUUAAUCAUGGCUGAAAAUGGAAAAAUGACUGUAUCAGAAAAUAACAAUAAAGAAAAAACAUUGAUAAUGGUCAAGCCAGAUGGUGUACAACGUGGACUUGUUGGUAAAAUAAUUCAAAGAUACGAAGAAAAAGGUUUCAAGCUUGUUGCUAUCAAGAUGGUUUGGCCAACUGAAGAACUCGUCAAGAAACACUAUGCCUAUCAUUCAGAACAACCAUUUUUCCCAGCUCUUGUUAAGUACAUUUGUUCUGGUCCAGUUGUUGCGAUGGUCUGGGAAGGAUUUAAUGCUGUUAAAACAGGACGUAUCAUGCUUGGUACACAUACUGACUUUGCACCUGGUACAAUCAGAGGUGAUUUUUGUGCUCAUCAAAUUGAAAAAAAUAUAACUCAUGGAUCACAUGAUCUUGAAGCUGCUAAGAUGGAAAUUAAAUUAUGGUUUUCUGAUAAAGAAAUUAUGAAUUGGACGUCGUGGGCUGAAAAAUGGAUUUACCAGUAAAUUUUUCAUGUUUUUUUGGUGAAAAAAAUAAAUCGAAUUUAUUAAAAAAAAAAAAAAAAAAAAAACUGCCCAAGACAACGAAAUAGAUCAUUUAAGAAUUAUUGUAGUUAUUUAAAACAUUGUGUUCAUAUUAAAAUAAGCAAAUAAAAAUUAUAUAAAGCUCA